AUGGUCGAGCUGAAAACCAAGACUUUCGGAUUUUUCAACUACAAAUACAUAAGGCCACAAUAUCACAUUGAAGAGUUCCGCAGUGAUGAGAAGCAUAGCAACAAAUAUGAUGAUGAUGCUUUUACAUCUAGUGGAAGAAAUGCCAAACAUGGAGAAUACCAUGAUGAGGGACACGACAGCUUUGCCAGGAAACAUGAUGCACAUGGCAAUCACAAGGCCUUCUUCGACUCAGAUGAAGAAGAUUAUGGUUUCAAGGAAAUGACUUACGAUGCAGGUUAUGGUGCGUAA